UAUCGCGGACGCCAUCUUUGGUGAAUUGUGAUGCCGAGUGAGAUCUUUGUUAUUGUAUAAAUUGUUCAUGAAAAACUGUGAAUUAGUUGAAUUCUUUUACUGAUAAACAAGAAAUUUCGCAAUAAAAUGAGAGGUCGUUCCGGAAGACGGUCCAGAAGUCGUGACCGUCGGCGGUCUCGAAGUCGCGAUCGUGGAUACAGCGGUGGCGGACGUAGAAACACAGCCGGUGCAAAUUUACGAAAGCCUCGCUGGGAUUUAAGCCGUCUUGAACCAUUUAAAAAGGAUUUUUAUGUACCACAUCCAAACGUAACAAACCGUCCAAGUUAUGAAGUCGAAGAAUGGCGAAGGAGUAAAGAAAUAUCGCUUAAAGGAAAGUGUAUACCUGAUUUGGUGUUUACAUUUGAUGAGGCGGGAUUCCCUGAUUAUGUCAUGUCAGAAAUACGAAAAAUGGGAUUUAAACAUCCAACACCUAUACAGUCCCAAGGUUGGCCCAUUGCCUUGUCGGGUCGAGAUAUGGUCGGCAUUGCUUCGACAGGUUCAGGAAAGACAUUAUCGUACAUACUUCCAGCGAUUGUUCACAUUAAUCAUCAACCAAGAUUGUUGCGAGGUGACGGACCUAUUGCGUUGGUGUUGGCACCCACGAGAGAAUUGGCCCAGCAGAUUCAACAGGUAGCUACAGAUUUUGGACGUUCUUCCAAAAUUCGAAAUACAUGUGUGUUCGGAGGUGCCCCUAAGGGACCUCAAGCAAACGAUUUAAUGGACGGUGUUGAAAUUGUGAUAGCAACUCCAGGCCGGUUGAUCGAUUUUUUAGAAAGCAAUAGAACGAAUUUAAGGCGUUGUACCUACUUAGUUUUGGACGAAGCCGAUAGAAUGCUUGACAUGGGUUUUGAGCCCCAGAUACGCAAAAUAAUUGAACAGAUUCGACCAGAUCGACAAACUUUGAUGUGGUCAGCUACGUGGCCAAAAGAAGUUCAAGCAUUAGCUGCUGAAUUUUUAAAAGACUACAUUCAAAUUAAUGUAGGUUCUUUGCAAUUAUCUGCAAAUCAUAAUAUUCUUCAAAUCAUUGAUGUAUGUCAAGAAUAUGAGAAAGAAACCAAGCUGAGUACUUUACUUAAGGAGAUUAUGGCUGAGAAGGAAAAUAAAACGAUAAUUUUUAUUGAAACUAAAAAGAGAGUGGAUGAUAUUACGAGGAAAAUGAAGCGGGACGGUUGCAGAUGGCCAGCGGUAUGCAUACAUGGGGAUAAAUCUCAACAAGAACGAGAUUGGGUAUUACAAGAUUUUAGGUCGGGUAAAGCCCCGAUUUUGGUGGCUACCGACGUGGCUGCGCGAGGUUUAGAUGUAGAAGACGUAAAAUUUGUUAUCAAUUUUGACUACCCGUCCAAUUCUGAGGAUUACGUGCACCGCAUAGGUCGCACAGGCCGUUCUCAACGAACAGGAACAGCCUAUACGUUUUUCACUCCAGCCAAUGCAAAUAAGGCAGCUGAUUUAGUAUCAGUUCUUAAGGAAGCCAAACAAGUAAUUAAUCCAAAACUCCAAGAGAUGGCCGACAAUCGCAAUUGGAGUUCCAAUGGCAGUUCCGGUCGAGGGCGAAACCGGUGGGGUAGAGGAAGGGGCCACCAACAACAAUCUCACAGAUCUCUGACACGAUCAAGAUCACGAUCGCCUCGCAGGAGCAGACGAGAUCGAAGCAGAUCUAGAGACAGAAGUCGGCGAAAGAAGUCUCGUAGUAUUAGUAGAGAUCGAAGCCCUCCUCCUCGAUCAAACAAAACCGCAGUCGUCGUACCACAGCCUCCACCACAACCUCUACUGUCGUAUCAAAAUAUCCCUCCCCCUGUACCAUUCGGAAGUUACUCCCUGAGCAACGGGUCAAUGUUCUUCAAUGCUCCACCACCGCCACCACCUACACAAGGUGUUGCGGGAAUGUAUUUUCCUUACGCACCACCACCUCCAGCGCCACGUUAAGGAUUCAGAGGAUGGUUGAUCUGUUCCGGUUUCCUUGUUGGUUGAGUAAUCUCAUUUUCUUAAAUUUUGUACAUACGAGUGAUUAUUUUAUUGAAAUAUUUAUUUUAAUUAAAGUAAGUCUAAUUAUCUUGACAAUUCCUGUAAAAAGUUAUUAUAAAUUUAAUAUUUAUUAUGCCAUUUAUUUGCUUGUGGUAUACAAAAUGUUUAUUUCGUACUUUUCCAGCAAUAAAGUCAACGUUUUAGUUA